CACCACGCCUUUAGCACGCACACACAUAGGCAGCGUAUUAUCCAACUUAGCGCAUCAGCUCCCCCGUCCAGCUAACGCACUGCACUUCACUGCACUUCACUUCACUUCACUGCACCCGCACUCACUACAGCUGCUCUGCUCUGUUACAGCGCCAAAAGCCAGCAGCCAGCCCACCGCAGACACCAGCACAGGUAGUCGAGUCAGCCCGCACCACCACCCGCUCUCACCCACCAGUUAGGUUUUUUUUUUUUUCGCCGCACCCCGCCGUGACGUGCCACCAACGAACACCGCCCUACCGCAUCUCGAACCUCACAUUCUGCUGCCCGCCUUGCUGCUCCCUCCUCUCUCCCCACCAACGGUCAAAGGACACGCCCAAGCUUCCCCCCCAAGUGUCCGGCAACCAAGUAGCUGUUGAAUCCCAUUUGCACUCCCGCGGCACCGACAAUCCCCGUCGCCGUCAGGUAUUCAUCAUGAGCUACAAUAUGCCGUCUCCCAACGAGAUGGUCGUCGACACCGACGAAUAUUUAGAUGAUGUCGACGGUCCUGAUGCCGAGCCCGUCGCAAUUAUUAACCCGGAUAAUCUGGAGGCUGAAUCAGAGCCCGCAUCUGACAAGCCGCUGGCCACGGAUCAUGAGGCUAUGAAAGAGCUUGUCCUAGCUCCUUUAAUAGACGAACCCAAGAUCCUCUCCGACUUUCAAUACACAUGGACCGUCGAAAACUGGCGUGGCUUGGCCAAGAAAGAGCACGGUCCCGUCUUUGAGGCUGGAGGCUACCCAUGGCGCAUAUUGCUCUUCCCUCAAGGAAACAAUACCGACCACUGCUCCGUGUACCUCGAGCACGGCUUCGACGCCGAUGCCGUCCCUGAGGGCUGGAGCUGUUGUGUUCAGUUCGCUCUCGUGCUGUACAACCCCAACGAUCCGAGUUUAUAUGUUAAUCACUCUGCGCACCACCGCUUCACAAAGGAAGAAGGAGAUUGGGGUUUCACACGCUUCGUCGAGCACCGUCGCAUGUUCAAUGUCCCCUGGGAAGGCAGCAGCAGACCCCUCUGUGAAAACGAAAGCGUCACCAUCACAGCCUACCUCCGCUUCGUCGAGGACGAAACGGGCGUGCUCUGGCACAAUUUUAUCAACUACGACUCUAAGAAGGAGACUGGCUUUGUCGGUCUAAAGAACCAGGGCGCCACCUGCUACCUCAACUCUCUCCUUCAGUCGCUGUACUUUACCAACAUCUUUCGCCAAGCUGUCUAUGAUAUUCCUACAGAACAUGAAGAUACUACGCAAAAUUCCGUAUACGCUCUGCAACGCCUAUUCUACCAACUCCAGACAUCGGAGCAUGCCGUCGGCACAAACGAACUUACAAAGGCCUUUGGCUGGGACACACGGCAGAUUUUUGAGCAACAAGAUGUUCAGGAGCUGUCCCGAAAACUCAUGGAAAUUCUCGAAAACAAGGUAAAGGGCACCAAGGGUGAGGGCGUUGUUCCUGGCAUCUUCAUUGGCAAGUGUAAGACAUAUAUUUCUUGCAUCAACGUAGACUACGAAUCCAGCCGCGUCGAGGAGUUUCAAGAUAUUCAACUCAAGGUCUCCGGCAACAAGGACCUGCACUCCAGUUUCGAAUACUAUAUCCAGGUCGAAAAGAUGGACGGCGAGAACCAGUACUUUGCAGGCGACGAGCACAAGCUGCAAGACGCCAACAAGGGUGCCAUUUUCACCAGCCUCCCCGACGUUCUUCACCUACAGCUGAUGCGAUUCGAGUACGAUAUUGAGCGAGACAUGAUGACCAAGGUCAACGACCGACACGAGUUUCCCGAGGCCUUUGACGGAGCCGCCUACCUGAGUGAUGAUGCCGACAAGUCCGAGUCUUGGGAAUACCAGCUUCAUGGUGUCUUGGUUCACAGCGGGGACCAGAAUGCUGGCCACUACUACGCCUUUAUUAAGCCCAGCAAAGACGGCUGGUUCUACAAGUACGACGAUGACAAGGUGACCAGAGCGACGAUGCGCGAGGUUCUCGAGGAGAAUUAUGGUGGUGCCUAUGUUCCUCCCGCCAGCUUGCAGGCCCGUGGACCUGCUGCUAAGAAGAGUCAGAUCAUGCGAACUAACAACGCUUACAUGUUGGUUUACAUCCGCAAGAGCCGUGUCGACAAGAUCCUCAACACUGUCGAAAUGGAGGAUAUUCCCCUGCACCUUCGCAACCGCUUUGACGAGGAGAACGCUGCUCGUGAGGCUCGCCGCAAGGAGCAGCGUGAAGCUCAUCUGUACAUGACAGCCAAGGUUGUUACUAACCAGACAUUCCAAUCAUACGGUGGUACCGACCUGUGCAAAUUUGACGGCACCGCAGAUAAUGAUGAGGACCCGCCUCUCCACUACCGCCUUCUACGAACCAUGGUUGUCGACGACUUUGUCAAGCAGAUUGCGACGGAUAUCGGUCAAGACCCACGCCGCAUCCGACUGUGGCUCAUGGUGAACCGCCAGAACAAGACUGUCAGACCCGACCAGCCGAUUAUGGAUACUCGCCUUACCGUCGAGGAGGUCUAUGCCCGCUCUGCUGCGCAGCGCGAUGUAAGCCUCCGCGUCUGGGUAGAGAUUGCCACAGAGAUGAAUGCUGAUGGCGAUGCUGUAUGGGCAUCAUACCAAAACGCUUCCAGCAACCCUGCCAAGGAGGAGAACAUUCUCCUCUUCCUCAAGUACUUUGAUGUUGAAAACCAAACUCUCAACGGCGUUACACAUGUUUAUCUUGGCAAGGACAAGAAGGUUGAAGACUUGACACCAGUGAUUCACAAGGCCAUGGGUUGGUCAGAGAAUAGCCGCCCGCUGUUGCUGUGGGAGGAAAUCAAACCAAACAUGAUUGAACCCAUCAAGCCCAGAUUUACGUUAAAGAUGGCUGAGCUGCAAGAUGGUGAUAUUAUUUGCUUCCAGCGUGCCCCGGAAGCGGAGAAUGCCUCACAGCAGAUGCAGCGUGAUGACAUUCCUGCCGAGACGGUGGUCGAUGCCCGCGAAUACUAUGAUUUCCUAGAACACAGAAGAACAGUCCGAUUCCUCCCCCACCCAACACGCUGCGACCAAGAGCAAUAUCCGCUGUUUGAUCUUGUACUCAGCUCCAAGAUUAACUACGAUACGCUAGCUGAAAAGGUCGGCGCACAUCUCAACAUCCCCUCCACACAUCUCCGCCUCUGGACCGUCAACUCGGUCACACUAAGCCCCAAGGCCCCUGUCCGACGAGGCACAAACCCUACACUCCGCCAGAUUCUCAAUGCCAUGAGCACAAAUGUAUUGAGCUCAACGCAGAGAAACGACUCGUUCUUCUUUGAAGUACUGGAUAUGACGCUCGCGGAGUUGGACACCAAGAAGAGCAUCAAGCUCACCUGGCUGACCGAGGGCAUCACCAAAGAGGAUCAAUUUGAUCUUUUGGUUCCUAGAACAGGCACUAUUGAUGAUCUCGUAUCGGAGCUGGUGAAGAAGGCACAAAUCUCUGACGAAGCUGAAGGAGGCCGAAUCCGCGUCUAUGAGACGAGCUCCAACAAAUUCUACAGAGAGCCUGCGCGCGAGCACCCCGUGCUUAACCUGAAUGAGUACACGCAAAUCUACGCCGAGCGUGUGCCUGAGGAUGAGCUUACGGUGGACGAGAGCAACUACAUCCAAGCCUUCCACUUCCAGAACGACGUCAACCGCGUACAUGGCGUUCCGUUCAAGUUUAUGCUAAUUGAGGGCGAGAAGUUUGUCGACACCAAGAAGCGUAUUGAGAAGCGCACCGGCCUCAAGGGCAAGCUGUUCGAGAAGAUUAAGUUUGCCGUUGUCCGCCGUGCCAACUACACGAAGCCCCGAUACCUGGAAGAUGAUGAUGAGCUUUGGACCAUGGCUGCUUCGACAGACGACUACCUUGGCCUAGACCAUGUGGAUAGAAGCCGACCCGCACGCAACGGAACCGGUGACCUCUUCCUGCGUUAAGCAAGUCCUCCGACAAGAUGGAGGUGGAAAGGUUACCUGUCAAUGUGAAAGGAGAUAUGAUGAUGAUGCUGACAUGACGAGUUAUGGGGUGCUGCAUGUCAGUGGUUACUAUUAUUAUUAUUCAUUAUUUUGUGUUGUUGUUGUUGCUGCUGAUGCUGUUACUGGUCAUGUUUCUUUAUGUUUUACUUUGCUUAUUCUCGGUGGUACAUGUUCGUAGCACGGGAGCGGUAUUAAAAGAGGCAGGUUUAUGUGCAAAUGGACUUUUUGUUCUGGUCAAUGUGAUUGUGAUUUGUAUUAGCCAAGAAGAAAGAAGAGAUCUGUGUAUUUACAGUCUACUCUAUUAAACAAUGGAUGGAUUGAUGUACUUUUAUGUGCCAGUUUGUUCCGUCGAUGGUGAUCAUCAGUGCACACUCGCUAUGCAGUCAUUUUUUCUAUUGUAAACAUGAUAUUAGACGCAGCAACUGGGUAAACGUAUACUGCGCGUCUUCAUUAAGUCCGUGUAGGUUGAACGCUUUUACGCCGCCUUGGUCUGGUUCUCAGUACGGUAUUUGGCCAGAGGACCUCGCUCGAUUUCCUCCAUGGACAAGUGCGCACCAGCAGCAUUGAGCAGCUUUGCGCAGUCAUCCUUGCCAGACAAGGUAGCCAGGAACAAGGGCGAGUUGUCUGCUCUGUUGCGCUCGUGGACACUGGCUCCGCGCUGCAGGAGAUCGCGCAUGAUUUCAGUGUUUCCAGACACAGCGGCCAGAUGGACGGCGGUGUUGCCGGCGUAGUCGGAGACGUGGAGCAGCUGUCUGCCCUCGCCUUCCAGCAGGUGGCGCACGACCUCGAUCUGGUUGUUCUGGAUGGCGUAGCCGAGAGCGGUGAAUGCCGAUUCAAUGGCCGUCAAGCUCGAUGGCGCGGCGUCGAGAGGAGCUGUGGGAUGGGCGAAGGUCGGGUGUGCGAUUUCGGUGAGCUCGCCGCGGAGAGAGCGCGGGAAGUGUGCCGCAAUGUCCAGCGGAGAAAGGUUGGGUAGCGAGAGCAGGUAAGAGAGCUUGGCAAGGGCAGCUUCGGCGGUGAGAUCGAGGCCAAAGAUAACGCCGGCGCGCCCAAGCUGUGUGCCCGGCGCAUAGACGGGCGACACGAAGCCGUUGACGCACUGCGAGACGUUGACGACGACAAUGCCGCGCUCAACAGCGGCCUUGAUGACGUUUGUCAGCUGGCCGUCUGAGCCGCCAGGGACAUUACCCAUGCCGAAUGUCUCGAGAAUGAGGCCGCGGAUAUCGGGGAGAUGUAGAACAGCGUCGAUCAUCUCGGGCUUGAUGCCCGGGAAGACUCGCAGACAUGCGACGUGGGUUGUGUCGAGGCGAGUGUUGAUCUUGAAGCGGGCAAUGUUUGUCGGGCGCAGCGCGAGAUUCCAGUUAACGCUGAUACCUAGGCCAUUGACCUGCGCGAGAGGCUCGCAGUUGGGACUGGCGAAGCCCUCAAAGGACGUCGCGGAGACCUUGGUGGUGCGGUUUCCGCGGUAGAGCUUGUUGUGGAAGAAGAGGCCGACCUCGGGGAUGACAAAGGUGCCGGCGAUGAUGAGGGAGCCGAGCAGGUUGUCGACGGCGUCGGACUGGAGGGAGAAGAUGGGCGCCUGGGAGCCCGUGAGGAUGACGGGCUUGCCGAGGUUGGCGAGCAUGAAGGAGAGGGCGGAGGCUGUGUAGGAGAGCGAGUCGGUACCGUGGAGGAUGACGAAGCCGUCGAACAGGGCGUAGUUUUGCUGCACGCAGAGCGCCAUGGCGUCCCAGUCAAGCGCGGAGAUGGAGGACGAGUCGAGCAGCGGGUCGAAUUCGACGAUGCCGUAGCGGAUGUGGCGCUUGUGUGCGGUGGGAGGGGUGCGGAGGGAGGGGAUUUGGAUCAUUUUGCCGUCUUUGCAGGCUUGGAGGGUGAUGGCGUCUGCG